GCCUCAUUGGGUGUGCAGCCCGGAGACCCGAGCGCGCGGGGGCAUGGCUGGGCAUCCCCUCCCUCUCCAGCUCCAGAGACAGCGCACCCUCCGGCCUCGGGAGCAGCGGCGCCCAGCGAUCCCGCGCAGGGCUCUCCUAGGCCGCCAGUGACAUCACGGGCGAAGCGGAUUCCAGGCGCCCGGCUCCUGGUUUUGAGAGACGUAGGUCGGUUAGUCCGUCUCUGUCUGUGGGCCGCUGAAGAGGGCUCAUCGCCGGUUCCGCGCCGCGGGGCGACAGGACCCGGAGGAGGAGGGAGAGCGAAGGCGGCGAGGGAAGGAGGACCCCGGCAGGCGACAGCAUGCAGUUCAGGCCGGCGCACUUCCCGCGGCCUCUCCUGCUGGGGCUGGGCCUCAGCGCCAGGAAUACUUUGCUGUCAGUUAAACUGUAAAAGAAGAGAAAGAGUUUUGUUCCAAUGGUAACAACGAGAAAAACAGACAAAAAAUAUAAAAAUCAUAUUUUUCUAUGAAGCAGAGAAGAGUGGAGGUUUGAAAGAAGCUAAAUGAACUGAAUUUUAUAAAGAAACAAACCCUUCAGAGAAGAGGAGAGAGAAGUAGCUACUUCUUUCUGGGGGUCAAUGCCAGGUUUGGAUUCAGAGUACCACGGGAGGACUGAGGAUGCCAAGAACUAGUUGGAAUGGACUGUAGGUUGGAGGAACCCCAGUUCAGCCAGGCAAUUGUGCCUCUUUCCCCACUCCAACCUUGAGAAUAAAAAACAGUGGAUAAAGACCUGGUAAGUAAAGAGAAGUCACCCAGUUUUGGCUAUUCUCUAAAUGACUGGAUUCCAGAACUUUGUGGAAUUGAAACCAGUAAUGAAGCAAGCCUAUCUGAAAGUGCAGCCAAGUCUUCCAGCUCAAGUACAGACAUCAUCAAAAGCUAACAGAAUAUAACAGAGAUCAGACUAGAGUCAAGAAUUAGACCUAUACUUAUACAACCCCUUGGUUUCAACGGACAUGCCAAUGCACUUAAAAGGGAAAAGACAGUCUCUUUGAGAAAUGUUGGGAAAACUUCCUUUCCAUAUGGGGGGAAAAAAAAAGAACUGCUCUCUAUUAUACGCCAAACACGGUAAUGAAUUUUAUGUCCUUAAUGUAAAAGCUAAAAUUAUAAAACUUCUAAAAGAAAGAUAGGUGAUGUCGUUGUCUGCCUCUAAUCUGUCAUCACUUACAGUUGUUGUAUCUGCCGUGGGGCAGACAUUGCAACUGUGUCCCCACCAGCUUUAGCCUGUCAGUGACAAGUCCCCACAUCAGGAGCUACACAGACACGUACACUCUGCCCAGGGGGUAGCUACUGCACAGGAGCUGAAGGUGAGCAGAGAGAAGACCUCACCUUUCUUCAGGGAGACCACUCAGGAGACCAGGAAAAUGGCCUCGGGGCUCACAGCCAGGAGUGACCCAGCCCUUGUGUCAUUCCAUGAUGUAGCUGUGGACUUCACCCGGGAAGAGUGGCGGCUGUUGAGCCAUGCUCAGAGGCUGCUGUACAGGUGCGUGAUGCUGGAAAACUACAGCAACUUGGUCUCCCUGGGAAUUCCGGUUCCCAAGCCAACACUUGUCAUUUCGCUAGAGCAGGGGGAAGAACCCUGGAGAGAGGAGAGCAAACAUCUGCCCAGCCCCUGUGCAGCAGAUGCAAAGCCAGAAAUUCAGCGUGAUUCCUCCUCUGCCCUGGACUUCUGCAGUCGGCAGUUAUGCCCACACGUGCUACACGAUCAUUGCCUUCCAGUCUGCCCAGGCUUGCUGGCAGGCGCUCUCCGCCCAGCAUACCAGAAGCAGCAGCAACCGCUUUCUUAUGAAAGCUUCCGCAACGACCAAGUGAAAGAUGAAGGCAGAGAAGAGGGCUCCAAAUCAUUGUUUGAGAGGACAAAGGGGAGGUUUACCUCCAGAGCUUUCUUCAGCCCACCCGAUGGACAGCUAAUAAGCUUGAGGGAAGGCAAGGCAGUGGUGGAAAUAAAGCUCAGCUCGGCUGAGAAGGCAAACCGUUUAGAAACAGACAAAGUACUAAAGUGGGUAGAUCUCUCAGGAUUUGAGGUAGUGAACUGUGGAAAUUGCGGGCUAGGCUUUAGCCAGAAAUCAGCCCUCUUUGUUCAUCAGAGGACCCACUCAGGAGGAAAGCCUUAUUUUUGCAGUGAGUGUGGUCGAAGCUUCAGCUAUAAAUCAGCUCUCAUCACACACAAGAGAUCACAUACCGGGGAGAAGCCUUACCUCUGCACCGAGUGUGGGCAAGCCUUUAGCCAGAAGUCAAACCUAGUCACACACAAGAUGGCACACUCUGGGGAGAGGCCUUUUGCAUGUGAGGAGUGUGGACGAAGCUUCAGCCAGAAGUCAACCCUCAUCAGACACCUGAGGACACACUCAGGGGAGAAGCCCUUUGUGUGCCGGGAGUGUGGGCGGGGCUUUCGGGAUAAGUCAAACCUUAUCACACACCAGAGGACACACUCAUGGGAAAAGCCUUAUGUGUGCAGGGAUUGUGGGAGGCUUUUUAGAGACAAAUCAACUCUCAGCAAACAUCAGAGGAUCCAUUCAGGGGAGAAUCCUCAUUUGUGCACUGAAUGUGGCCGGAGCUUUAGUCAGAAAUCAUACCUCAUAAAACACAAGAGGACACACUCAGGAGAGAAGCCUUUUGUGUGUCGGGAGUGUGGACGAGGCUUUAGUGAUAAGUCAAACCUUACCACACACCAGAGGACACACUCAGGAGAGAACCCCUAUAUGUGUGCAGAGUGUGGUCGAGGGUUUAGUGUUAAGUCAGCUCUCAUGACACACCAGAGGACACACUCAGGUGAGAAGCCUUAUGUGUGCCAAGAAUGUGGGCGAGGCUUUAGGCACAAGUCAACUCUUGUUGCACAUCAGAGGACACACUCAGGAGAGAAGCCUUUUUUGUGCGGGGAAUGUGGGCGAGGCUUUAGACAGAAGUCACACCUCAUCAGUCAUCAGAGGACACACUCUGGGGAGAAGGCUUACGUUUGCACUGAGUGUGGGCAAGCCUUCAGCCAGAAAGCAAAUCUAGUCAGGCACAAGAUGGCCCACUCAAGGGAGAAGCCCUUUGUGUGCAGGGAGUGUGGGAGAGGCUUUAGCCAGAAGUCAGCUCUCAUAAGACAUCAGAGGACACAUUCUGGGGAGAAGCCUUUUGUAUGCAGGGAGUGUGAGCGGGGCUUUAGUGAUAAGGCAACUCUCAGCACACAUCAGAGAACACACUCAAGGGAAAAACCUUACAUUUGCAGUAAGUGUGGGGAAGGCUUUAGGCUGAAAUCACUCCUUAUUAGACACCAGAGGACACAUCUGUUGUAAAGAACCUUCAUGCGCAAGGAGUGUAAGCAAGGCUUCAGUAAUAAAUCACAAAUCAUACCUCAACAUGCAAGAAGAGAGAACUUUAGGAGAAAUCUCAUGUGUGCAAAGGGUGGGACUUCAGAGAUACGUUCAUCAGAACACAGGAGAAGACUUACCUGUGUAAAACAAUGGUUUUCAAUUAGAAGCAAUUUUAUCCCCUGCCUAGAUGAUAGCUGGUGAAAUCUAGAGACAUUUUCUUACUGUCACAACUGGGAGGUUGCUUCUGGCAUGUGGCGGAUUGAGGCCAAGGACACUGCUAAACAUCAUGAUACACAGGACUGCCUCCCACAACAAAAGUCUCCUGCGUUGUAAGACUUUGAUCCCUCUAAGGCACUUUGGCUCCCAGAUCCCCGUCGUUCACUCAGAGGAAAAUUUCUUACACUCUCCUGCAGCUGAGUCUCCUGCCCAGACCUCCAUCCUCCCCUCUCUCCUUCAAUCCAGAUCUGAUGCCUCUCCCUCCCUUCUCUGACACUUUCCAUUUGUUUUCUCAAAUAUGGCUUUCCCAAUAGCCUCUUAACACACCGAAUCCCAACCUCUUUUUCAGAAGACUCCAACUCACGCAAUCACGAGGAGAGAAUGGUAACUUUACAAUGAAGAAACUCUGCCUACAUCACCUUAACAAAGUUAACCACUAACAUUGAGACAGAGUGCCGUCAUAAGCCUCCUAAUAGGAUUCAUUGAAAAAGAUACCAUGUCAUUUUUAAGAUCUAUUUCUGCCAAAAAAAGCUAUUACUUAAGUCUUGUCAUGAGAAAUUAUUAAAUAAACUUAAAUUAAGUAGUAUUUUACAAAACAACUGUCCUGUCCUUUUUAAAAAUAUCAAAGCCAGGAAAAACACAAAAAGGCUGACAAACGGUUGCAGAUUACAGGAGACUAUGGAGACAUGGCCAUGCAAUGCUUGAUAGAGGACUGGAUUAUGGACUUUAAAAAAUAUAGUCACGAAGGACUACGGACUGGACACUAUUGCUUAAUCAAUGUUAAAUCAAUGAUAAGCACAGCAUACUAUAGUCAUGGAAGUCAUCUUUGCUUUGAAAAUACACAAGUGAGUGUUUAGGGUUAAAAAGAUAUAAUGACGUCAACUUAUGCACAAAUUGUCCAGAAAAAAAUGGUCUGAAAUGUUCAUAAAAAACAAAAUGCAUAUAAACAAUAUAAAUAUAUUUUCCAGGAGUGGGGGAAGGGAGCAAGACAGACAGGCAGACAGACGGAGGGAGAAAAGGGACAUAAGUGGAACAAGUAUGAAACAUUGGUAAAUCCACUUAAAGGGUAUACAACAGUGCCUUAUAUUCUUCUUGCAAUUUUCCUCUUUUUGGUAUUUUAUCAAAGUAAAAACAUAAGCAAAAAAGAAAAAAAAAGGAUGGAAGGAAGGAAAAAGAGAAGGAAAGAAAGGAAGGAACGAAGAGAAGGAAGGAAAGAAGGUAAGAAGGAAGGGACGAAGAGAAGGAAGAGAUGGAGAAGGAAGAGAAGGAAAAGAAGGAAGGAAGGAAGAGUAGGAAAGAAAGGAAGGAAGGAUGCUUCUUGGAUGGUGGGUUGGUUGGUGGUUGGAAUAAUCGCUGUUAGAAUUGUACUUGUGACACAGCCCAGAAUAACUCAACUCCUGAAGAAAUUAGAAAGAUUAGCCCGUAUCCUACCUGCCAGAUAAAAGAAAGGCCUUGCAGUCUUUGUGAAGUAUCCAUACAUUAGUCUCCAGCAUUUUUUAAAAAUACACAAUGUUCUGAAUAUAAUAAAAAAUGACCAAAUAUGGAUUAAAAUAGAAAAAUGUGACCUUACUCAAAGGAAAAUGAUAGAAACAGACCAAGAGGUCACCUAGUUAUUGGAAAUCGCAGCCAUGGCUUUAAAUCAAUUAUUAUAACUACUUUAAAGAGUUUAGAAGAGAAUUGGCAGGAUAUUUCAAAAAGGAAAAGCAAAACUAAAAAAAAGAACCAGAUAUGAAUACUAAUAUUGAAAUAUGCAAUAUCUGAUUUUUUCCAUGCCUGACAAAGCAAUAAAAUUAACUGCCAUUUUCCUUCCAUUUCUUUCUGAAAUAACUUUCAUAAAGAUUCAAACGAAUGAUUUAAAUAAACCCAGAAAUAACAUGAAAAGGGAGCCAUUGCUUUGAAAGUUAUUCAUCGACUUAUUCUUUGCAACUAGGAAAACCAGUCAAUAAACCUGAUCUAGUCAACCAUAUUAUUAAGAGGUAUUACAUUUAAAAUUUGUUUUUCAUAUUUUGGACUCUAAAAAUUAUACUACUCCUCUCAACUCUGCCAUUUGCUUCGGAAGCAGAUCUGCUUCUGUGAUCCUUAUUUAGAAUUGUUUUUAUUUCCAAAUUUUAAACAGGAUAUUUGCUUUCUCUUAAGGCAUCUGCCCAAGUAAUUUUCUUUUUCAUAAAUAAAUGUUUGAAAACUUACAUCCUUUUCUAGGUGAGCAAGAAUCUUCGGUCUCUUUCUCUGUCCCUUUCUCACUGUCGCCCUUUCUUUUACUCUGUUUCUAUGUCUAUUGCAUUUAGACUAACCCCGUCCCCUAAUUCAGUAAAUAUAACGUCUCAGUUUUUGUAACGCAAUUUGAAAGGAGCAAUAACCAUUAAAAGUCAUAUAUUUUCCUGGUUGGGUUAUUUUCAUUAAUCAGUAUUCCCAUAUUAAAUGUGGUGUAAUAACAAUGGACUGGCCAGAUGUGAUCCACUUAGUGUUGGGAUUAAAAUGGGUGAAAUUUCCAGGGAGUGAUUAGUGUUUUUUAUGGAAAGCGACCCUGCAAUGAAUAUAAUAUGAUGAAGGUGUUUUGGAAAAUGAUGAUUUGUGUUCUUUUUCUUGUAUUCUUUGACAUCACAGAAUGAUAUGAAUCAACUUCAGUUCAUUGUGUUAGUAUGAAACAACACUUAACAGUUUUGGGUUAUUAAAAUUUAUCUGUUUUCCCCUUUUGGCAGUCAGUAUGAGCUUAUGUUAGAUGAGUUUAUUAUUUCUUUUAUAUCUCAAAUAAAC